AUGUCUUCAUUAUUGUCAUGCCAAAAUGACCAAUACUCUUUAUUUCAAGGCUCUGGAACCAUAAAUUGUCAAAGCUCUUCAUGUGGGUAGUUCUCUGCAUGCAAUAGUUUAAUGUUAUCUGGCAAACCAACUGGCUAGGUAGGCUGUUGUAGAGAAGGAGUUUUGUAUCCGAACGCAGUUUCUAUUAUAGUAUAUAUUCUAAUCAUUCCCAUUAUUGGAAUCGGCAGUCUUGGAGCACUGGGAGGUGGCGUUGUCAAAAGACCCUUUUUAGAGGCUUUACUAAAUUUUAAUUCGUCUACUUCUGGCGAUAUUACUGCUUGUCUUAUGAUUGGGGCACAAUUAGUGAAUCAAGUCAUAAUCUUUUUUUAAAGCCAUCCUGACAACCCUGAACGCCCUUUGGUUAAUUUCGAGAUAGGAUUAGUCUACGCCUUGGGGAUACCAAUUUCAAUGUAGAUUGGAAUGGAAUUAGCAAAUUACUUACCUCUUUUGCCUUUGUUGACACUAUAAAUGCUCUUUUUUUUGAUUAUUUGCCCAGUACUUUUAUAUUUCGCAAAAUCUGAACAAAAAAGUGAAAAUAAUAAAGAGGUUAGCAAUGAGAUGUAGCAAUCCUCCAUCAUUACUAUAGAAUAGUAGAUCAAAGGCAACAUUAUUGAAGAGCAAAGAAUGGCUGAGUUAUUCAAACAGCUACAGGAGGAAUCUAAUUCUAGAUUCCCUUUGGUCCCAAUCCUCUUGGCAUUUGGAAAUUUUGCAGUGAAUGAACUAAUCAUUUUGCUUAGGACUACGACUUAUUAAACAUCCCCUUACUUUUAUCCCAAUGAUUAAGAUUUUGAUAAUAAAUAUUCUGCUUGUGAACCAUGGAAUUUUUAUAUGAUGUUACUCUUGUUUGGAGUGAAUUUAAUAAUCACACUCUGGGUACUCUUCUAUAUGAGAAAAAAAGAACUACUAAAAAAUACUGCAAAUUUUAAUAUGAAUGAGCGAUAUUUCACACCAAUCUCUAGAUUCUUUACUAUUUAUGGUGCUGGUUGGGCUACAGGGUUUAUAGCUGGAUUCUUAGGAAUGGCAGCUGGAUUGACAAUGUUUGUAACUAUGAUGGAAUUUGGCUUGGUAGCUGCAGCUGCUGGAGCCACAGCAAAUUACGGAUAUUUUAUUAUAUGCUUGCAAGUCUUUAUUUCUUUCGUAGUAGGAGAAUAUUAGGAUUUGACUUUAACAGUGGGCUAUCAAUUUUUCUUUUAUGGAAUUGGGGCUAUUGGAGUUUUAAUCUUUACUAAUUUAGGAUACUAUGUGAUUAAGAAGUACAAUGUAGGUCAUAUAUUAUUUUACAUUGACUUUGCUUUGGUUUUACUCAAUAUGAUUGGCAAUGUUGCUUGGGGUAUUGAGUAAUCCGAAAGAUAUUCAUAUCAUUCUUUAGUGUACAAUCCACAGAGUUGUGCCGCUUAGAUUUUAAGCAAAAGCUCAGUGCAGUGA